AUGUAUGUGAAAUGGUUUGGUAUAGUAAUGUUUUACUAUGUGAUUUUAGUGAAUGUCACUUUUUGUAUUUUUCAAAUUUCCCGCCGUUCCGUCCCCUGUACGUCCCGACGCUCGCAGAGGACGGAACCCAGAUGACAGAUGCCUGCAUCCGCUGGAUUUCAUUGCCGGGGACACUGCAGGAGGGACAUCGUGGGAGCGCAGGACAAGGUAAGUGACCGAGGGAUCGCGGAGCUGCGCCGCAUGGUAAGCCCGAAUGUAGCUCGGGGUUACUGCUUGUGCUACACUCAGGAAUACCACCAGGGAGGCUACG